AUGAGGAACGUGCUGGGGCCAUCGGGGAUUGGGACGAAAGCGUCCAGCUCCUCUGCCCACCUGCUGUCCCUUUCCCAGCGGGACUUGGACUCCGUCCACAGCUCCGCCAUGGGCUCGCUGAGCUCCCACGCCGCGAUCAUCCCCGACCUGGACAGCAUUCGGCGGGAGACCGGCUGUGAGUGCGCCCGGCUCCGCUGGCUGGAGCCUGGGGGCUGGGGUCGCAGGAGAUGCAACGCAGCUCGCAUGGAUCUGCAGCGGAUCGGAGCGCUGGCCGUGAACCCCUUGGGAGACCGCAUUAUAGAAAGCUUCUUCCCCGACGGGGGUCAGCAAGUGGAUUUCGCAGGCUUUGCCAGGGUCCUGGCUCAUUUUCGACCUGUAGAUGAUGAGGACAUAGGAAACCGAGAUCCCAAGCAACCUGAGCCCCUCAACAGCAGAACGAACAAACUUCGCUUUGCAUUUCAGCUCUAUGACCUGGAUCGAGACGGAAAGAUCUCCAGGCGUGAGAUGCUGCAGGUUCUCCGGCUGAUGGUCGGGGUCCAGGUGACAGAAGAGCAGCUAGAGAGCAUUGCUGACCGCACAGUGCAGGAGGCUGAUGAAGAUGGAGAUGGGGCUGUGUCCUUCCUGGAGUUCACUAAGUCCUUAGAGAAGAUGAACAUUGAGCAAAAAAUGAGCAUCCGGAUCCUGAAGUGACUCCUUGUGCCUUCGUCUAGCUCAUGCAGACCAGUAUCUGCCUGGGAUUCAUCCUCAGCCCCCAUGGAGGCAGGACCCCAAUAAACUGUCUUCUUACUUCUGAACUGAACUCUGUUUGGGAUCAAGGAGAAGGAAGGGCGUGUACUAAAGUCUAGCUUGUUUGAUCUCAGAUCUGUGAAUUAGCCACAAUUGUUUGACUGCAAACCCAACUCAAAGUGACUUAAGUAAAAAAGGGAUUUUAUGGGCUCAUGUAAUUAAAAAGUCUGGAGGUAUUUGUCUUCAGGCACUGCUGGAUCUAAGGGUA